UACGUCCUGGGGCAUGACUCUCCAAUUUAAGAUUUGAGUGGCGCCGUCUCACAUGCAGCUCUCAGGCGCCAUGAACGACCACCUAUUUAAGCAUCUUCACUCCUCUCAAGUCUCAUCCUUCCCCACUUAACUUCACCACAAGUUUCGUUGCUUCAUUCCUGCUGCAGAACAGAGUGCUGCUAACUAGCAAUUAAUGGCGAGUAUGAUGGAACGAAUUGACUUCUCGCGUAGGUGCGUGUUGGUGACCGGUCCAGUGAUCGUCGGGGCUGGACCUUCUGGGUUGGCGAUGGCGGCGUGCCUCAAGGAGCACGGUGUGCCGUACGUCGUCCUCGAGCGCGCCGACUGCAUCGCCUCGCUUUGGCAGAAGCGCACCUACGACCGCCUGAAGCUCCACCUGCCGAAGCAAUUCUGCCAGCUGCCGCGGAUGCCGUUCCCGGAGGACUACCCGGAGUACCCUUCUAAGAGACAAUUCGUUGAAUACGUGGAGGGCUACGCUAGGCACUUCGAGAUCCGCCCCCGGUUCAACCAGGCCGUUCAGUCGGCCCGGUUCGACGAGAUCAGCGGGCUGUGGCGGGUGAGGACGACCGGGGCCGGCGCCGAGUCCGGCAACCGGAACCUCGAGGUCGAGUACAUUUGCCGAUGGCUGGUGGUGGCCACCGGCGAGAACGCCGAGAAGGUGAUCCCCGAGCUCGAGGGCCUUGGGGAGUUCGGCGGCGAAGUGACGCACUCCUGCGACUACAAAUCCGGCGAGUCCUACCGCGGGAAGCGCGUGCUCGUCGUCGGCUGCGGUAACUCCGGCAUGGAGCUCGGCCUCGACCUUUGCGACCACAAUGCGUUCCCGGCCAUGGUUGUUCGUGACUCGGUUCAUGUACUGCCGAGGGAGGUGAUGGGGAAAUCGACGUUCGAGCUGGCGGUGCUGCUGAUGAAGUGGCUGCCGGUGUGGCUGGCGGACAAGAUCCUGCUGCUGUUGGCGUGGCUGGUGCUGGGCGACAUCGAGAAAUAUGGCCUGAGGCGGCCAUCGACGGGUCCCCUGGAGCUCAAGAACGGGGAGGGGCGGUCCCCUGUUCUGGACAUAGGCACCCUCGGCAAGAUAAGGUCCGGCGACAUCAAGGUGGUGCCCGGCAUCAAGCUGUUCUCUCCAGGAAGAGUGGAACUCGUCGACGGCCAGGUGCUCGAAAUCGAUUCUAUCAUCCUGGCCACGGGAUACCGCAGCAAUGUCCCCCAAUGGCUUCAGGGAUGCGAUUUCUUCUCCAAGGAUGGGUUUCCGAAGAUUCCAUUUCCAGACAGGUGGAAGGGGAAGAGCGGGCUCUACGCGGUGGGAUUCUCAAGGAGAGGCCUCGCCGGAGCGUCAUCGGACGCGGUGCAGGCUGCAUCGGACAUCGCGAGGUUGUGGAAGGAGGACGUGAAACCGUGCCGGUCGCGGCCUGCCGCCGCUUGCCAUCGCAGAUGCAUCUCACAGCUCUGAAAUAAAAUCAUUUUCUUUCCUUGCUU